GGGGCGCUCCGCUCCUCCUCAGGAGCCCGGGGUGCGUCACUGGGGCAGGAAGGUUCCCUGGGUCCCGCAUUGCAGAGCCGUCCCAGAGCCAGAGCAGCGAGCAGAGGGAGCGCUGAGGCCAUGGAGACGGGCAGCACCGCCAGGACAAACGGCACCGCCAGCAAAGCCGAGGACGUGAAGAGCCCGACUGCCCCCAAGAAAGAAGAGGAGGCCAAGAAGGCCACGAGCCCUGGCGGAGGCGAGAAAGAAGCUAUAAAAGGCACGGGCGGCGCUGCGUUGGAGACAGGGCAAAUCAAGAGCUCCCUCUUCUCUGGGAGUGACUGGAAGAGGCCCAUCAUUCAGUUUGUGGAGUCAUCCGACGAGAAGAGGUCAACCUACUUCAGCAUGGACUCGGCCGACUCCAAGAAGAUGCAGUUCGGAGACAUGAGGAGGCCGGCCCUCAACUUCCCGGAGAAAGGCGACCUCAGGAAGUCCCUGUUCUCCUUGGAUUCCAAAAAGAGCUUCCUGCCCGCUGACGGGGAAGCGAGGAAAUCCUUGUUCUCUGCGGGGGAGCUGAAGAAACCCUCCCUUCCCCUGGUGGAGACGGGGGACCUGAGGCGACCCUUCAACAAGGCCGAGCGGGCCGCGGGCUCCCGGCCCCGCGUGAAGCUGGAGGACGUUCUCUGCGACUCCUGCAUCGACAACAAGCAGAAGGCUGUCAAGUCCUGCCUGGUGUGCCAGGCUUCCUUCUGCGAGCUGCACCUCAAGCCCCACCUGGAGGGAGCCGCCUUCCGGGACCACCAGCUCCUGGACCCCAUCAGGGACUUCGAGGCCAGGAAAUGCCCCGUGCACGGCAAGACCAUGGAGCUGUUCUGCCAGACCGACCAGAUGUGCAUCUGCUACCUGUGCAUGUUCCAGGAGCACAAGAACCACAGCACGGUGACAGUGGAGAUCGAGAAGGCGGGGAAAGAGGCUGAGCUGUCACUGCAGAAGGAGCAGCUGCAGCUGAAGAUCAUCGAGGUGGAAGAUGAGGUGGACAAGUGGCAGAAGGAGAGGGACCGCAUCAAGAAUUACACCACCAACGAGAAAGCCACGGUGGACCAGCACUUCAAGGAGCUGAUCCGUGACCUGGAGAGGCAGAGGGACGAGGUGAAGGCUGCCCUGGAUCAGAGAGAGAAAAUCGCCUCGGAGAACGUGAAGGAAAUCGUGGAUGAGCUGGAGGAGAGGGCGAAGCUGCUGCGGGAGGACAAGGAGAACAGGGAGCAGAUCCACCAGAUCAGCGACUCCGUGCUCUUCCUGCAGGAAUUCGGGGCUCUGAUGAGGAAUUACGUGCCCCCUCCAUCCCUCCCAACCUACAGCGUGCUGCUGGAAGGGGAGAGCAUGAGCCCAUCCAUGGGGCUGCUCAGGGACGACCUCCUCAACGUCUGCAUGAGGCACGUGGAGAAAAUCUGCAAGGCAGACCUGGGCCGCAACUUCAUCGAGAGGAACCACAUGGAGAACGGGGAUCACCGCUUCAUGAUCAACAACUACGAGUGGAACCAGCCUGACAACCUGAAGAGAUUUUCCAUGUUCCUGUCUCCCAAAGUAGGCAAUGGCACUAAGCUGCCUUUUCAGUUCUCCUCGGUGGGACAGAAUCCGCCCGGUGACUUCAGCAAACAGUCUGACGGGAGCCUCUUCACUAAGACCGCCUACCCUUCCAUAGUGAGGCACCAGUCUGCAAAGGUGACGCCACAGACGUGGAAAUCCUCCUCCAAGCAGUCUGUAUUGUCACAUUAUCGCCCCUUCUACGUCAACAAAGGCAACGGAGCCACCUCCAACGAGGCCCCCUGAGCUGCUGAGGAACUGGGAGAGCUGGCAGCAGAGGCUCAGCUGCAGAUUUCCAUGGAUGUUCCUGCUCCUCUGCCACCCCUCCUGCUCCCAUCCCUGCCAGGGCCAGGGCAGUGCACCAGGGAACAGCCUUGCCCUGAGCAAAGCAGGACUUUCCCCCCAAAUCACCCCCAAAUCUCUCACCUGGAGAGCUCUGCAGGCCUUCACACCCUCUGCUGUCCCCUGCCUGUCCCCUCCCUGUCCCCAGCUGCUCUGCCCCUCCUGGGAAUCGUGGAUGCUUGGGUGGCACCCCCUGCUAGGCAGCUGUCCCCUUGUCCCCAGAGCUGGUAAACCCUGCUGGGUGUUCCCAAAGCUCUUCCCAGCACAGAGAAACUCCAGUUUUUCCCUGGGGACACUCAGCUCCCUCUGGGCUCAGAUCCCCUGCUGGCAUCACCUGUCCCCAGAGUCCUCCAGCAGCUCAGCUCUGCCAAAAAACCCCAGCAGGAUUUUCCCAGAGCUGCUGGAGGAGAGCAGGGAGAAUUUCCAGCCCAUUAAAGUGCCCCUCCAGCCACCUUUUCAAAUUAAGAAAUAAAAAGCAAAUCCAUCCUAGUAAUACAAGAUUGAUUAGAUGCCAUAGGUGCUGGGUGCUUUUCUGGUUUGUGGUGGUUUUUCUUAAUUCCCCUAAACCAAAAUUGAUUUAUAUACUGUAGUUCAGGUAUUUUUUAUUUUUUUUUUCCCUGCAGUGGGCAAUGAGAAUUACUGCCACAGCUUUUUGCUCAAGAUAAUAUUUUUGUAUUUGUCCCCUGGACAGAUGAAUCAUGUCCAGGGCUGGAGAACCAUUCCAUGAUCUCCCUGAGGUGAUUUUCCCUCUGCAUGGACGAGCUGAGGGGUUCAGUCCAUGCCAUGCAGGGGGAGAAAUGGGAAUAAGAGAUGAAAUUAUGAAAACCAAGCUCCUUUUCAUGGAUUGCUCUAUUCAAGCAAUUUUGGAAUGGCUUCCCCUCACUUUUUCCUGCUUGCAGCACCUUGCUGAGAGAGGUCCCACCUGAAAAUUCCUUCCUGGCUCAUCCCUUCAUAAAGAUACUCAUGGCUUUUUAACCCAACACCUCACCCACAACUCCUGGGGCUGAAUGCUUGCUCCAGAGCACUUGAAAUGUCACUUUAUGAUGAUUUUUUUAUUUGUUUUUUCCCCAUAAAGACCAGAGGGGGAAGGGGCUGGUGUGGUAGGGCAGGAUGUGACCAAAGGGAUGUAAAAAAAGGGGAUGGAAUUGCUGGGAAAAGUACUGAGGGGUUUGAGGAUGUGUGUGAAAGGAUAAAACCAGCCCCCUCCAGGUCUUAUUGCUUUGCCCUUGAGCAGGUUCAGCAAAACCUUCCAGCACCUCCUUUUUAUGCUCCAAAAUGUGGGCAUGACCCUUCCUCCUCCUCCUCCUCCUCCUGCUCCUCAGUUUGGAUGCUCAAACCCCUCCCUGCCCACACCAGGCUGUGUGGUGCCAGCUGCACCUGCCUGAGGCCACCACUGUCCCUUUGCUGUCCCUGCCCUCUCUGUGCCCCCACAGCCCUUCCACACCCAAAUUCCCUCCAGGAAUGGAGCCCUGGAGGCUGCCAGGACCUCACUGGGGUCCCUUUUCCCCCCAGGGUUGGGGCACACCCCAGCCCUGUGGUCCCUCUGCUUCCCAGGGGGCUCCAGGGAGGCUCUGAGGUGGGCAGGAGCUGUUUGGAUCCUUCCUCCUCCUCAGGCAGGGCACGGCUGGUGAUGUAAAGGGGCCCCUCCUGUGUGCACCACACUGCAGAAAUAAAGGAGAAAGCUCCAUG